AAAAAUAAUAAUUAACUUUUGGAAAAGUAUCAUUGAAAAAAUAUUGUUGCUGAGAGGUUCGAUAAAAAGAUAUUAAAUAUUAUAGUAAAACUUAAGCAUUAAACUUUCGGUUUUACCUCGUAAUUUAUAUAUUGUUUUCUCCAUUCUGGUGUAAUAUGAGCACUUAAAUGCUCUGCGAACUUCAUUUUCGUUCAGGAAUUAAAUUGUUCGAUGAUUGCAGUACCCGUACUUUAACAAAUACAGUAAAGUACAGGUAUCAGAAUAAAUGGUUCAUCAAGAGAAGUCAUAACGAGUUAUUUUAGGAAAAACAAAUUGAACUUACGAAAGAUAGGUCCACUGUUCCAAAGUAAUCUGCAUCGGAAACAAUUGACAAAAAACAAUAAGAUUGUUCAUUAUGUCAACAAAACUAACAUUCGCGAGAUACAAACAAUUACGAUGGUAUUCAACGAAGAAUAAAUUUCAAGUCAUAGAGCCUGUACUUGAUAAAAUAUCAGUUGGAGAAAUGAAACACAGAACUCAUCCAGGUAUAAUUAGGCCCAGAGUACCAGAACAUCCCAAAUGGCUUUAUGAUGUAAUUCGAAUACUUUUAAAAGAUACAUCUAUACCAAUAAAAUCAAUUUACACAAGUGGACAAAAGAUGGCUUUAUAUUUAAAAGGAAGACAUGCUCCACCUGAAGGGAAGGACAUUGAAAUUAAAUUAAAAAAAGUUCAAAAUCGUCUUAAACAAGAUAUAAGUAUGGAAGAUUUACAGCAUAACCAAAAAGCUUUGAGACUCUUUAAGGAUCUUGUUUAUCAUUGGGCGCCAAUUGAAUAUGAUAGGCAUACAGGCUUGUCAUAUUUAGUAAGCAGAAGUGUACCUGAAUAUACUGUUCUGUACAAAAUCUUUAAUGAAAUUAAACAUAGAGAUACUGAUUUUGUACCUAAAACAUUGUUUGAUUUUGGUUCUGGUGUUGGAACAGUCAUGUGGGCAGCAUCUUACUUCUGGGUUAAAUCUAUUAUGGAAUAUUAUUGUGUUGAUGUUUCUGGUGAUAUGAAUGAUCUGUCUGAAUAUAUUAUAAAGAGGGCUACACCCCAUAUUACAUCUAAAUAUAUUUUCUACAGACAAUUUUUACCUGCAUCACCAGUUCCAACUUAUGAUAUUGUAGUGAGUGCAUAUUCCUUACUUGAAUUACCAAACCAAAAAACACGAAUUGAAGUGAUCAAGAAACUUUGGGAUAAGACAUCACGAUAUCUAAUUAUUGUAGAACAAGGAACAAAAGUUGGAUUUGAGAUAAUCAAUGAAGCUCGAGACUUUAUACUUAAUUACACUGAAAAGGAUGAGUCAGGUGUGCAUGUAUUUUCGCCUUGUCCACAUGACUUGACAUGUCCCAGAUCUUUACAGGAUAAACUUCCCUGUAAUUUCGAGGUUGUAUAUUUAACAUUACCUAUUCCUAAAACGUCUGAAUACAAACGUGAACGAUAUUCGUAUGUAGUGCUUAAGAAAGAGAAACGUUCAGAAAAUGACGACAACUGGCCUCGACUUAUUAACCAAGUGUUGAAACGUUCGAAGCAUGCUAUAUGCCGCAUGUGUGCAGCUUCUGGAGAAUUACACGAACAGGUUUUCACUGCAUGGCAGAACGGGAAGCAAACAUACCGUUGUGCCAGAAGUAGCGAAUGGGGCGAUCGUUUACCUGUUACAACGGAGAAGACAAAAGAAAUUACCGAAGCAGAUAAAUGGCGAGAAAAAAUGAAAAUAGAAGGAACUGUCGAUAAAGAGGGAAUAGAAGAAAUUGUCGAUGAAGAGGGAAUAGAAGAAACUGCCGAUGAAAAGAGAAUAAAAGAAACUAUGGAAAUAGAAGAAGUUAUUGAUCUUAUAAAAAAACUGAUGGAUGAAAAGGAAAGAAAAGAAGCAACGGGUACAGAGGAAACUGAUGUAUUACCAUCGAAUGAUCCAAAUAAACAUUAACAGAUAUACAAUUAAUAAGUCUAAAAUACAGACACGAUGAAACUACACACCUUGCCAUUUUAUAUCACUGAAGAGCCCGUUUUCUU